AUGCAGGUUAUACUAAUUUUUCUACUUUUUUUUGUUGGAAUUUUAGUGAAAUCAGUAAAUUCAGAAAGAUACACUGUUGGAGAAGGCUAUGGCUGGCGUUCUGCUCCUUACCCUACUUACUAUGAAGAUUGGGGUAAAACUAUCAAGUUAAAACCUGGAGAUGAAUUGGAGUUUAGAUUCCAAAAGCCAGACGAUUUGCUGCAGAUUGCAAAAUAUGACUAUUAUGCAUGCAGUUCCAACACUCCUUCCAGGCAGUAUAACAAUAGUCCAGCAACAGCAUUCUUGUUGAUACCUGGAGAUUAUUACUUCAAAUCCAGCAACAAUACAAAUUGCAUCAAUGGCCAGAGGCUUUAUGUAAAUGUACCACCUCCAAAUGAAGAUAAAGAUAAGGAUAACCAGCCUGGUGUAUUAAAGAAUUAGACGAUACGAAUCUAAGAUAU